AAGACCUUAUCCAGACUGAUCCAGGGCCACGAUUUGUGGUCACAAAGCAGCAGAACGGCGACUUCCUGGUCCUGGACCGGGCUGAUGCGUACGCCGCAUACGAAGAUUCCGCCAGGUUGUUGCUUGUCGACCUCUGGAUGAACUGGAGACCAACGAAGCAUGGGACACGGAAGUCGGCGACGUGGUGGCCACAAUGGCUCGAGCUCUUUGAUGUUGCCCCCUCCACGCUGGACCCAUCCCGCUACACUGUCACCCUCCACCAUCUGGAGCGCUCGUGUGAACUGCCGGUCGCUUGUCUCGACGACGAGACCUUUGACCUGCGCCAGUGGUAUCGCCGAUCCUUUGGCCCUCAGGCCAAAGAUGACAUCGUGAGGGACGAGGUAGGACGACCUGAAACGCCAGAAGAGGAUCGAGACCUGGUUCACCGGAUGGGCCGACUGAAAAUUGGGGAUGAGGAAAAUAGUCAAGGAGGAGUACCACCUGACUGCGUGGGAGCGUUCGAAGAACGCAUGGCACUCAUUACGGCUUGCGGCGUCAACGCGGCUGUUACCACAGACAAAAAACCCCCACCACGCUCCAUAGGCGACCUGCACGCUGCGGGGGCUUGCGCUCUUCUCCACUUCCUUCAGCCAUAUACGGGGGAUGACCGCGCUCCUGGAAUCAAAGACAAUCGCCCGGCAGAGCGUUUCCGUGUAUGGCGCGCCGGGGAGGACAGCUACGCCGUCCAAGACAGCUGGUUUUCUGAGGUGUUCAGCCUCCCAGCCCAAUACCUCGCAACCGAAACGUUCCGGAUUGGCGAGUGGUACGACCAUCAGCUCGCGUCUCGGCUCGGAAUGGAUGCGCGGCAGACGUCCAGUGACCUACACGAAGUGGAGGUCGAAGACCUCACCCAGGCUGGACUAGACGUCUACCUGCGGAACCUCGAGCGCAUCGUGGACACCGAUCUGUCCCAGUUAAGGGUGCGAGUGCACACAAGUCAGGAGCACGGCAUUCGUCAAAAAAGGACCGAGUUCGACUUCUUGGGCUGGGUCCGGAGUAGCCUUCUCCUGGAUCGGCACGGACAACCCCGUUACAAGGACGCCUGGGUGCAGAGAGCACGAGACGACAACGGGCUCGAUUCGUACGCGCACUUCUACGCACUGGAUCACCCGGGAAUGACCAGCCGGGAAGCACGCCUGCUGCUUCUCCUGCGGAACGGGGAGGACCUACGCCGGCUGGCGUGCAGCGGGCUCUUCUCGACUGACUUACUUGAGCUGACCCGGGACUUCGACGCGGCGCUAUCGGACCUUGAAUACGCUCAGCUAAGGGCGCCAACAGAGGGCGAGUUGUUUGUGGGAGGGGCACAACUGCCUGCGGACCAGGUCGUGGCUAAGCCGCUUGUAGUGGUGGUCCGUGUGAACGGGGAGCCCCUACGGGCGCUGAUAGACUCGGGCUCGCUUGGCAAUUUGAUCAGCACCACAGUUGCCGACCAGCUCCAGCUCACCCGCCUGACGCUGGAGGACCCAAUCACGCUGCAGCUCGCUGUGCAGGGCUCAAAGUCGAAGAUCAACCACUGCGUCACUGCCAGAUUCCAGUAUCAGGACAUUGAUACGCAGCACUCUUUCUACGUGGCAAACAUUAGUGGCUACGACAUGAUCCUGGGAACCGGCUGGCUCUCCAAGCAUCGGAAGGUGUAGCUACUUCGAAGAUAUUCACGAGCUCGACGAAACUGGAGGCAGUCUCAGUCGAUGCCGUACGGGCAGAACUGCUAGAAUAUGCACGGGAUGUAUGUAAAACGGCGGCUGACACGCCUCUACCGCCUCUACAAGAAAUUAAUCAUACCAUUCCGCUAAUCAACGAGAAGCUCAUUCUCUCUUGGCGCCCCUCUCGAUGCCCCGAGGCCUUGAGGGAUCAGUGGGACGAAAAGCGUCGGACUUAUCUGCGCACGGGCCGCUGGAAAGUUACAAACUCGGGCAACACUGUGCCCAUGCUAUUGAUUCCCAAGGCCAAAU